AUGAGAGCAUUUUCCUUCAGUACUAUGGUUAAGCACUCGCAGGAACAAGAAACUGCAAAAGAUCAGUCGACCAUCGUCACGGUGAUAGUUUGUGUCUUAUUUUCCUACUUUGAAAGCUUGCGAGGGCAAUUAGCACAUGCGAUCACGCAUCUGAGAAGCACUUUGGAUGUUCUUUCUUCCCAUGCGACAAUAACGGCUUCCACAGCGUUGCUGUCCAUCCCUCAUAUUCUCACCCGAGUUGGAUUUCAAGCGAAUUACUUCGUGGAUAAUACCCAUCAUGCUCGACUGGCUGGGCAAUUACGAAGUCUUUGUGGUCUUAAUAUGGGACCGGUUCUUGGUUUUGAAGAGUCACAAACGUCUUUAUACUCUUGCUUCAACGGCAGCAUGUUCUCAGGACAGAAGGAAAAUCAGAUCGAUGAUUUGGUAUCUCUUGGUACUAAUUACCACAUGGCAAAAUGUGCAAAGCUUAUUCUUCAAGAAUCGGACUCCCCAAGGUUUGUGCGAGGAAGAGACUCGGCUAUAAAUAACCUUAUGGAAUGGAAAAUGGUUUUCGACAAACACCUAAGUACACCUGACGAAGCGCAAACUGACAUAAACAAACAAGCAAUUACUCUUCUCCAGCUACAUCAUUUAGUAGCCACAAUGAUGCUGAGUCCCGAUUUCACAAGGUACACGGGACAGACCAUCCUGGAAAAAGACGCGAAUAACUUCGAGUAG